UCAACAAUGGACCAAAUUUAUGAGAUUCCUGAGGAGCCAAAUGUGGACCCAAUUUCAUCUCUAAGAGAAGACGUCAUACGGGGGCCAAAUCCUCGAUUUACUUUUCCAUUUAGCAUACUGUUCUCCACUUUUUUGUACUGUGGGGAGGCAGUAUCUACCUUGUACAUGGUUAGAAUCUAUCGAAAAAAUAGUGAAAUCUACUGGAUGACAUACACCUUUUCCUUCUUUAUGUUUUCAUCAGUUAUGGUCCAGUUAACCCUCAUUUUUGUCCACAGAGAUCUGGGCAAAGAUAAGCCACUGUCAUUGUUUAUGCAUCUAAUUCUAUUGGGACCUAUUGUAAGAUGUUUGGAGGCCAUGAGCAAGUAUCUCACACUGUGGAAAAAAGAAAGACAAGAGGAGCCCUAUGUAAGCCUUACCCGAAAGAAGAUGCUAAUAAAUGGCGAGGAGGUGCUGAUAGAAUGGGAGGUUGGGCACUCUGUCCGAACCCUGGCAAUGCAUCGCAAUGCCUACAAACGUAUGUCACAGAUUCAAGCUUUUCUGGGUUCAGUGCCCCAACUGACCUAUCAGCUCUAUGUGACCUUAAUAUCUGCAGAGGUCACCUUACCUAGAGCUGUGUUAAUGGUCUUUACCCUGAUAUCAGUUACCUAUGGGGCCACCCUCUGCAAUAUGUUGGCCAUGCAGAUCAAGUAUGAUGAAUACAAAAUUCGCCUUGGUCCACUAGAAGUCCUCUGUAUCACCAUCUGGAGGACUCUGGAGAUCACUUCCCGCCUAAUGAUUCUGGUACUCUUCUCAGCCACCUUGAAAUUGAAGGCCGUGCCCUUUUUAUUGCUCAACUUCUUGAUCAUCCUCCUUGAGCCUUGGGUUAAAUUUUGGAGGAGUGGUGCCCAGAUGCCUACUAACAUUGAGAAAAAUUUCAGCCGGGUUGGUACCAUGGUAGUACUGAUUUCUGUUACUGUCCUCUAUGCUGGCAUCAACUUCUCUUGCUGGUCAGCCUUGCAGUUGAAAUUGGCAGAUAGGGACCUUGUUGACAAAGGUCAGAUCUGGGGUCAUAUGGGCCGGCACUAUAGUGUGAGAUUGGUAGAAAAUGUGAUAAUGGUUUUGGUUUUUAAGUUAUUUGGAGUGAAAAUAUUACUAAAUUAUUGUCAUUCUUUGAUUGCCUUGCAACUUAUUAUUGCUUAUCUGAUUUCCAUUGGAUUCAUGCUCCUUUUCUUCCAGUAUUUGCAUCCAUUGCGCUCACUCUUCACCUACAAUGUAGUAGACUAUCUUCACUGUGUCUGUUGCCACCAAGAUUCUCAGGGCAGAACUGAGAACUUGCAACCAUCCAUUGACACUGAAACAAGACAAAGCAUAGCUUGA